AUGAGUAAGGUCAGCAGCGUCGUCGAAUUAGGGCCAGCACCUACAGAGGUUGCUGACUCUCCACGAUCACUCACCAAUGCCGGACCGACAUCUCACGACGACCAAAAGGGGUCGCCCACCACUGGUGAAGUUGCAAUUGAGUUGCAAGAAUGGGAGACCUUGGAGGCCAAACCUUUCAACUGGUCGCUCGGCAGAAAAUCCUGGCAUGUCAUCAUGGUCGGCCUCAUGUGCUGGUUGGUCACUUUCGGGACUUCAGUGUAUACCCCCGGCGCGGUUGAGAUAGCCCGAGAGUUCUCUGCGUCGAGACAGGCCGUCACUCUAGGAUUGUCGCUGUACUCUCUCGGUCUUGGAGCCGGUCCCUGCAUAGGAGCACCCCUGAGCGAAACGUUUGGCCGAUGGGUAGUCUUCGUUGUGUCGGUACCGGCAGCUGCGCUCUUUACUCUGGGCGCUGGCUUCUCGAAGUCGCUGGGCUCUUUGCUGGUAUGCCGCUUCUUUGCUGGGCUUAUGGGUGGACCUCCAUUGUCCAUUGGCGGAGGUGUAUUGGCAGAUUUGUUUCCAGCACAGAAGAGAGCCAUCGCUGGCUCCAUCUUUAUCGCUGCGCCAUUCCUAGGGCCAUGUACUGGUCCCAUUAUUGGCGGAUUCGUUGCUCAAUAUGAAGGCUGGCGAUGGACACAGUGGGUCGCUCUGUUGGCCGUCCUGCCAAUCAUCGCAGGGAUCUUCACGAUGAGGGAGACCUACCACAAAUUGCUCGUCCGAAGGCGUGAGGAAGCGCUUGGCCUGCUUCCUUCGAUACCUAGCCCAAAGCUGCGGGUUCUUUUAACCGUCGUCUUGGUCCGGCCCUUGCACAUGAUCUUCUUCGAACCUAUCGUGGCAUGCCUGGGUAUUUAUACGUCGUUCAUAUUCGGUGUCUUGUACAUCUUCUUUGCUGCGUUCCCGAUCAUCUUCCAGGGAAUUUAUGGGUUCACCAUCAGCCAGCUUGGGCUCAGCUUCACGGGGACGGGAGUAGGGGUGUUGAUUGCGGUGGGGACGAACAUUCUCAUUGACCGAAUGAUCUACCAGAAGCAAGUCCGCCGGAGCUGGGAGCGUGGCGAUAGGGGCGUCGUGGCUCCAGAGCAUAGGCUGUACUCGGCGAUGUUUGGCAGCUUCACCAUCCCGAUCGCCCUCUUUUGGUUUGGCUGGUCAGCUCGAGGAGACAUGCACUGGAUAUCUCCCAUCAUUGCGACUGUGCCUUUUGCCUGGGGUAACUUGUCAAUAUUUCAUGCAGCAGCGCUGUAUUCGACAGACGUAUACGGCGCCGUGAACGGAGCUUCUGCGCUUGCCGCGAAUGGUAUGAUGCGCUAUAUUAUUUCGGCGGCAUUCCCUUUGUUUGCUGUACAACUGUACAACAGUUUGGGAAUCGGCUGGGCUUCGAGUCUACUCGGCCUCGUCUCGGUUGCGUUCGUUCCUUUGCCUUUCAUUCUGUUUAGGUGGGGCCCAAAGAUUAGACAAAAUAGCCAUUACGAGACGAUUAAGGCGUGA